AUGAAUUUUGAGAAUAUUGUAAAAUUUAUGGAGAAAUCGGAGGCUUGUUUAAAUUAUGAAUUGAUUUAAGCACCUUUUGCACCAAAUAGUUUUUCAUUAUGGAGAGAUGUGAUAUAUGAAAAUGUAGAAUCUCAUAAAUGGUUUGAAUUUGUGAAACAGAUAGAUAAAUAAUUAUUUUAAAAAUAUUUGGAAAAGGUUAGAGAAGCAUAUGGAAGGAAACUUACAUAUUAAGAUUUAAAGUUAAAUGUUAAAUAUGAGAUUGAUGUUAAAAAGUUAGAGAAAAUAUUUGAAAACGAUUUAAGUAAUAGAAUUAUAAAAGUAUUAAUUUAGAAAAAUAAGUGGAUACAAUAACAGUUCAUCUUUCUUUUUAUCAAACUUAAGUUGAAUAUGCUUAUGAUUUAUUAAGAAGAAUACAUACAUAUAAAUUUGUAGAAUAUAAUGUUUAAUAAUUUCAAACAUGGUAGAAAGAUUAAACUUUGUAUUAGAAAUAUUUAGAUAAAAUAGUAUAAAUAAUAUAUAUUUAAACAAAUAGAUGAGAGGAUUUAUUUUAAAUGUUUAAGAUAUUGCAACUGAGAAAAUAAAAGAGUUUUGUGCAACUGGAUUAAUAAAGAAUAAUUCAUUUUUUGAAUCAGGGAAAUCCUUUUUAAAAUAAUUCUUAUUUAAUGGAGGUGCUGCAGUAGCAAAAUUGAGUAAUUUAAAUUUAGGUUUAUUUGUAAAAAUUAGAAUUAAAUUAAUUAGAUAGGUGGAAUAAUUGCAGAAUAAAUAGUUAGUAAGGUGGCAUUUAGUGUAAUGACAAAUAGAAUUAGUAGUAAAUUAGACUUUUUACUAUUGGAAUUAGAUUAGAUGACAAAUGAAUUAACAUAUAUUAAUUCAGAUUUAGAUCAUUUAAUAUAUAGAGCAGCAGAAGAAUUUCCAAAUAAUUUUGAAUAAAAUAAAAAUUGUAAUAAUUUAAAAAAAUUAAUAAAGAUAUACAAGUAUUUGUUUAAAAGAACUACAAAGUAAAUCUAGGAUCCGAUAUCAUUUAUUGUCCAGAUACUAAUACUAUUAUUUAGAAAAGUGUAGAAGAAGAUUGUGUAUUAUUAAAUGAAGUUGAAUAUAAUUUACCUCUUGAAGAAAAAAUAGAUGAAGAUGCUUGUGUAAUUAAUUUAAAAUCAAAUAUAUCACAAAAUAUUAAUAGAGAAUAUUUUGAAUUUAAACAAUGA